AUGCCUUGCUCAGCGGUAACUUUGUCUAUAGCGACUAUUACAGCUAUCGUGGCUGCUGCCUUAAUGGCAAUAGCGUUUUCAACAGAUAACUGGCUGUAUGUGGAAGUGAGACGCAGUAAUAUACAGACGUACGUGACGGAGAACACCGCAGAUAUAAACUCUAAAGCCAUUCUCGAGAGCCUGAACAGCAAGUACUAUUUCUACACGAGGACGCGAGGCUUGUUCCGCAUCUGUUAUCCAAAGGAGCGGCCUCCUUCUGUCGAGAUUUACCUGUCGCCAGUGGAGACACACUGCAGCAACGUGGACUACUUCAUACCAGAUGAGAACAAUGAGACCAGGGGACUUUCCGAUGACGCAAUGAACAGACUCCACAUGGCGCGAUCAACAGUUGCUCUAUUCAUGGUUGGGUUCCUGUCACUCUUCAUCGCCUUCUGGACUGGAGUCGUCGGCUGCUGGAAGAGAAGUCCAGGGAACAUCACAGCUACGGCCAUAUUAAUGCUUGUGACAUGUUUAUUAGCGGCAGGGGCAAUGGCGCUUUGGCAUGGAGUCGAGUUUUAUGAAAAGGAAAAAGUCGUCGGAGAAGAAUAUUAUCAGCAGUGGCCUAACGUAUUGAAAGACAACUCUUCCAUAUGGUAUGAUUGGUCCUAUAUCCUGGCCUGGAUGUCCGUCGGUGUUUCCUUCGGGAGCUCUGUUAUUUUCUUCUCGGCAGCCGUUUGCUUGAGCAAAGAGAAACGGCGCGAGCAGCAGAAUAACAUAUUACGAGAUAAUAGUCGCAUCUGGUACGACUGGUCUUACGUCGUGGCGUGGUGCGGCGUCGGUCUGGCUCUGGUGUCCGCCAUUUUGUUUUCAUCGGCGGCCAUUUGCUUGAGAGGCGAACGAGAGAGGGAAGAAGCGCUUAAUAUGCAGUACCUUAUGCCGGUGUACCCCCAGAAACAGCAGUACGCCUACGCAGGGUACCCACCACCUCAAGCCUACCCUGGACCCUACUACCACGAAACGUACAACUCCCACCGCAAAGUAAGACGGCCAAGACUCGGCGAAAGAAAGGUCUACAGACCGAUCAGACGACAUACGCUUUCGCGUAUCGAUGAGACCUCCCCGGAUACUUUCCGGGGGAAAAGCAUCCAGAACUCAACAGAUUUCUCAUCGACACGACCCAUGCUGAGGUCGAGGUCCAAUAUUUCCGCGGACACUAGCCGAAGCGUGCCCAUCUGCAACCUGAGUCAGGAGAUAGAGAACCAAGUCGAGAGUCCCCAAUACGCUGACCCUAAGUAUGACUCCGGCUCGUCCUACGAAGGUCGUCCAGCUUCCAUGACCGAUCUACCGAUAAUGGUUCCUAUGGACCCGGUCACCGGGGCGUACAUCCCGUACCCCGAGUACGCGUAUUAUCAGGACGACAGUUGCAGACUAAGCCGCCUCAAGUGGAAGUGUAAGAAGAAGCAGACGAAGAACAACCUGUUUCUAGCGUUCAUGUAUUAG